UUCUGCUCUCGAUUCUCCCGCUUCUCCGUGAAAUGAACCCCGCGCGGGGGGCAGGUGAUGGGUUCUGGGUUUUUGUGGGCAGCUUCGCUUCGCAAUGCGUGCUGGGAGUAGGGGAGUGACGCGGGUUUGAUGACCGAUGAGAUGCAAACGGGUCGAAGAGAAGCGGGUGAUGAUGUGCUUCCGAAAGUAAAUUGGUCGCAGCAUGCGAGUGCCCACGAGAAUUUUUCCGACCAAUCUAAGUUUUUGAGCUCGAAUUUCCUCUACUCAAUACCAAACCAGAAGCCUCCCCUUGAAGAAUCAAUGGGCUCGAGGUCGAUGGUCUUCUCCAUGGUAAAUCCCCAACGAUUACCCAGUAACCAAGUCGAGAAGGCUUGGCAUGCUCUUUCCAGUCUUCAGAUAUCUUCUAGGACAUACAUAACAUCUGGGAAGACUUUGCCGGUCAAGGAUGAUCAUGCUGACCUUUCUGAUAAAGUUAGCGGAACUGUCUUAAAGAACUCAACCAAUAGCAAAGAGCAUUCUUGGAAAAGCGAUAAGAAGUUAAAUGGAUUGUCGACUGCCAGGAUUGAUGCGUCAAAUAAUUAUAUGUCAAAUCCGGUUGUUUCGGCCCAUUAUGAGGCUGCAGAAGGGGGACGUCCAGCUGGGCAUAGUAAAAAUGGCACUUUAGGGGUGAAUAAAGCACGUUGUGAAGUUUUUGCAGCAGCAGUAAACAGGGACAGCAUGCCUAAUGCACAAAUGAAAUCAUCAGGGAGAGUUUUGUCUGAUGAGCUAGAUGACGAUGACAUUCUUGAGAGUAUUGAUGUCGACCAGAUAGUAAUGGAGCAUUAUCAAUCCACUUCGACACCUCAACCAUCAAUGCAUAAGCUUCCACCCAUAACUCCAAAUGUCGAAAAGAAUAGUUUACGACAAGAUGAAAGUUGUUUGCCUGAGGAGCUGCGUUCGAAUUGCAGUCAUGGGUUGAAGCUAGGCCUUUGCCCAGACGCUGCACAUCAUUUGAAGGAAAUGAAGGACAAUUUAAUUGCAAUAUCCAACGAGCUCCUUGACAACAUGACUGAACUAACUCCAGAAGUGGUGGAGAAGCUUCGUCAUGAUAGGUCACACCUCAAUAGGCAAAUUCAGCAGCUUGAGAAUCAUCUUCGUUCUCUUACGAUGGAUGAGGAAAGGAGAAAGUCUCAUUUUUCUGCAUCUGCAGCGCCUCCGACGUCUUCCCUACAUGAAACACCUCGAGCAUUUGGAUCUAGGGUAGAACCUUUUAGACUAGAAGCCCAUGUUCAUCCACACAAUGAGCCUGGCGGUUAUGACAGAUGGAACUCGCCAUCAGUUUCUUUCACUUCAGAUAGGUUUCCUGUUUCAUCAGGUCCUGUGGAUAGAGAUCCAUACAUUCAAAAGCCUUUGGACGUUAAUUAUAUUGAAGGUUCAAUUGACAAAAAGUGGAGCAGCAGGAGCUUCCCGUGGACAAAAAGCUUGGAGGAUCACAACAAAAAAGUAUUUGGGAACCAUUCUUUCCGCCCAAACCAACAAGAAAUUAUAAAUGCCACAAUGAGUAGAUAUGAUGUUUUUGUUUUAAUGCCAACUGGAGGUGGAAAAAGCUUGACAUACCAGCUUCCAGCUCUAAUAUGUCCAGGGGUGACAUUAGUUAUCUCACCCCUUGUUUCGCUUAUUCAAGAUCAAAUAAUGCAUUUGUUGCAGGCUAACAUACCUGCUACUUACUUAAGUGCUAACAUGGACUGGAGUGAACAGCAGGAGAUCCUUAGAGAACUCAAUUCUGAUUAUUGCAAAUACAAGCUCCUAUAUGUCACGCCUGAGAAGGUUGCCAAAAGUGACGUCUUGUUGCGGCACUUGGAAAGUUUACAUGCUCGUGAACUUCUUGCUAGGAUUGUCAUUGAUGAAGCUCAUUGUGUGAGCCAAUGGGGUCAUGAUUUUAGACCCGACUAUCAGGGUCUUGGUAUUCUGAAGCAGAAGUUCCCCAGCACUCCAGUGUUAGCUUUAACUGCUACUGCAACAGCCAGUGUCAAAGAAGAUGUUGUCCGCGCGCUUGCUCUUGUCAACUGCAUUAUUUUCCGGCAGAGUUUUAAUCGUCCAAAUUUAUGGUAUGUUGUCGUUCCAAAGACAAAAAAGUGUCUGGAGGACAUAGACAAAUUCAUUAAAGAAAAUCAUUUUGAUGAAUGCGGGAUAAUUUAUUGUCUCUCAAGAAUGGACUGCGAGAAAGUUGCCGAAAAGUUACAGGAGUAUGGACAUAAAGCAGCAUUUUACCAUGGGAGCAUGGAUUCUGCCCUACGAGCAUUUGUCCAAAAGCAGUGGAGCAAAGAUGAGAUCAACAUAAUCUGUGCCACAGUGGCAUUUGGAAUGGGUAUCAACAAGCCAGAUGUCCGCUUUGUAAUUCAUCAUUCCCUCCCUAAAUCAAUUGAAGGUUAUCACCAGGAAUGCGGUCGUGCUGGACGAGAUGGUCAGCGUUCGUCUUGCGUGUUGUACUACAGUUACAGUGAUUAUAUUCGUGUAAAACAUAUGAUUAGCCAAGGAGUAGUAGAGCAAAGUCCAUUCUCAAAUGGUUAUAACCGUAUCAAUACGGCGAAUUCAGGAAGGAUACUUGAAACAAAUACUGACAAUCUGCUGCGCAUGGUCAGUUACUGUGAAAAUGAUGUUGACUGUCGACGUCUCCUGCAGCUUGUUCAUUUUGGAGAAAAAUUUGAUUCCAAUAAUUGCAGAAAAACGUGCGACAAUUGUCUCAAGAUCAAAAAUUUUGUUGAGAAGGAUGUGACUGAGAUUGCAAAGCAAUUGGUUGAGUUGGUGAAGUUGACAGGGCAGCAGUUUUCUUCAGCUCACAUAUUAGAAGUUUACAGGGGUUCUUUGAGUCAAUAUGUCAAAAAGCAUCGGCAUGAAAAGUUGAAUUUGCAUGGAGCCGGGAAACAUCUAGCAAAGGGAGAAGCUUCCCGUGUGCUACGGCAUCUUGUUACUGAAGAUUUACUGGUGGAGGAUGUUAGAAAAAGUGACCUUUAUGGAUCUUUGUCAUCAAUAUUGAAGGUGAAUGAAUCCAAGGCUUACAAUCUUUGCUCUGGGGGGCAAUCUAUCAUACUGAGAUUUCCUUCCGUGGCAAAGAUGUCUAAGUCUAAGAAAUCUGAUGUAACUCCUGCCAAAGGAUUGUUGACAUCUGGGAAAUUGAGUCCUCAAAGAGACAGUCCUAGUCCUGCUCAACCUCAAGCUCAAGGAGAUCUGAUUUUGUCAGCCAAAUUAUACACUUCAUUGCGUAUGCUACGGACUAUUCUCGUUAGGGAAGCUGGGGAUGGGGUCAUGGCAUAUCACAUAUUUGGCAAUGCUACGCUUCAGCAUAUCAGCAAAAGAGUUCCCAGAACAAAGGAAGAACUGCUUGAAAUCAAUGGCAUUGGCAAGGCAAAGGUAAGCAAGUAUGGAGAUCGGUUGCUAGAAACCAUAGAAACCACCAUCAGGGAAUACCAAGGAACAGAUAAUAGAAACAGCAGCAGUAGCAACGAUAGUAUGGAUUCCAUGAAAAGGAGAAGAGAGGCAAAUGGAGGCGCGAAACCUAAUUAUGAAGAGGAUGAUGAUUUCACGAGAAGCACUGGUCGCUCAAAGAAAAGAGCCACGGUAAUUGAGGCCCAAAAUCACAAUAAUCGAGAUGUCAAAGAGCCAGGGGAUGACAUUGCAUGUAUAGAUGAUUUGGAUUUUGAGGAUUCUGACUUUGAUGUCGAUGUUGAUGUGUCGAACGUUAACAGUGCAGGGAGAAUGCUGCCUUCAUGGUCAAAGUCCUGAGGGUUUCGACAUUGAUAUAAGCUCUUAAGAUUAUAAGUUGAAAGAGGAAAACCCAGACAUCUAGUGCAGUUUGAGAUUUGGGCUGUUCGGAUCAAUAGUUUCUGUGCUAAUAUAAGAGCAAUAGCAAUAUGUUCGCUAGUGGAAGCAAGUUUUAGUGCCUUAUCUUGGCUAUUCUUCUUCAAUCUAAGUUUGUGGCAAUCUCAGAGGAAAUGAAAUUGCUCUUCACAUAGGUGAAAUACUGAACGAUACCCACAAAGAGGUGUAAUUUUUCAAUAUGUGCACUUGUUAACUUUUGUUUCAGUGCAUUGACAGAUCGGGUUCAGUUCAGUGGUGGUGUGAAACACUGGGCCUUUCUGUGUGCUGACUCGACAGAUUUCUUCCUAUGAAAAGCGGAAUCGUUCGAAGAUGGAGAAUGUACAGCAUGGGAAUUCAGACAGGUUUAAACAAUUAUUAUGUUUGUAUUGACUAACUCACAGAGCAUAUUGAGCUUGCUAGUCAAUAGUAUGUAUAUAUUUGAUUGGUUUUUGUAAUACAAUGGGCGGUGAACUUUUAUGUAAUGUCAAAUUCGAACA